AUGGAUAUUGCUGCAGCCGCCAUCAUCACUGCGAUUGAGUUUGUCUUGGUCCGCAAAUGGGAAGACUCGAUCGCGACAAAUCUCAGCUCCGAGCAUGUCCUCAGUCUGUUUUUGACGCAGUACUUGCUGUUGAAGUAUUAUCGCAUGGUCCUUUACCCAAAGUAUUUCUCGCCUCUUCGACACUUUCCAGGUCCAAGCGGCGGGCACUUGUUUUUUGGACAGACGAUCAAUAUCUUGAGAGCCGAAACUCCAGUGACCCUUUUCAAUGAGUGGAUGCAUAAAUGGCCUGAUGCUCCCUUUAUUCGGUAUCUAGGUGUUGGAAAUCAGGAAUUCCUCCUCCCCAACAGCCCCAGUGCGUACAAAGAAGUUCUUCAGACACAUUGUUAUUCAUUUCGCAAACCCGAUUGGUUUAUCCGCAUGACCAAGGAAGUACUCGGCGUCGGACUGGCCAGCUUGGAGGGCGAGACGCACAAGAAAAAUCGGCGAAUGCUGAAUAUCCCAUUUGCUGGGCCAAAUGUGCGCAAACUUGAGCCCCUUUUCAAGGACAAGGCCCGCGAUAUUGGCACGGUCUUUGACUCUGCCAUAAUUUGCGGUGAUGAUGGGGGAAGGACAGGCGUGAUUGACUGUACCGAAACUUUUUCCAAAGCUACACUGGAUAUUAUGGGUGCCUCAGUCCUAGGAAAGGACCUAUGUAGUCUCAACACUGUCCGAUAUAGAGGAAAGAGCACGGAAGAUUCCACGGCCACAGAAGAGUACUCAUUCGCACAAGCCUACCACACAUUCUUUGCUCCGGGCCCUGUCGGCAAAUUGCUGACGUAUUUCAAUGGCUUCUUUCCGCUGCGAUGGCUGCCACUCGAAGCGAACCGCGAGUUCAAGUUUGCAAUGAGGUGGCUGAACGAGACUCUCACCCAACUACGCAGAGAUCGUUUCCGAGAGAUCGAAGCAGCCAAGGCCAAGGGAACAUAUGAAAGUAGCGAGUCGAGAGAUUUGACUACCUUUAUGGUUGAGGAAAGCCUCCCAGGAGGCUCGAUAGCUGGCCUAUCGGAGGAAAUCUUUUUACUUCAAUUCAUGGUCGCAGGCCACGAUACAUCAGCCAACUUCUUGUCCUGGAGCCUGUUCGUCAUGGCUCAGCAUCGCGAUAUACAGGACAGUCUUCGCAACGAGAUAACGAGCCUAUUUCGUGACUUUUCCGAGCCAGCAUAUGGUCAAAUUGACGAAUUAACAUAUCUGGAUAAUUUCGUCAAAGAGACUAUGCGCGUGUAUUGCCCUGCCGCUACGAUCCACAGACAAUCGCUUCGAGAUGUCAUUAUUGACGGCCAUCACAUUCCCAAAGGGACCUGUUUUGACAUUGCGCCCUCUAUGCCCAUGUUCAACCCACUGAUAUGGGGGCCCAACAGCCACGCGAUUGACCCGAAUCGUUGGAACAAUCUGACCAGUGAACAAUCAAACCCAUUUGCCUUUGCGGCAUUUUCCAACGGACCACGCAUCUGUAUCGGCAAGGCCUUUGCACUGAUGGAAAUCAAGACGAUACUCAUUGAGCUUGUGAGAAACUACAGAUUUUUGAGCGUCGAGAAGAAGCACACGGUGGAGAACCCCAACUUGACACUACGACCAGCGGGCAUGGAGAUUCGGUUGGAGAGGGUAAAGCAGUAG